CCUUUUUUCAUUUUUUUUUCAUUUUUUCAUUUUUUUUUCCGUUUUUUUUUUCUGGUUGGUUCGUUCUUGUUCUUGCCAGCCUCUUUUUUUUUUUUUUUUUUUCCUUUAUUCGACUCGUCUCUGUCGACUUGGCUCUGUUCAAACGAUCGUAUCAGCCAUGAGUCGCCACGGUAGCGUAACCAAUAUGACUGGCACGUCGUCUGCCUCGUCGCCAGGGGCAGGAGGAAGCCGCGAAUGGAAUGUUCCGCCAGAGCAGUGCGUUGUCUGCGGCAAUGCCGUUUACAUGAUGGAGCGCCUGGUAAUGUACAACGAGACGUACCACCAGUCGUGCUUUCGUUGCUGCGUGUGCUCGAAGGUCAUGUCACAAGUCAGCUACGGCAAGCGCGACGGCAACAGCCUGUAUUGCGACAGCCACCGGAAUAGCAUGGCCGCGCGUGCCUCGCCGGUUCCCACACGAAGGCGCAACACCAUUCACACUGGCACCCAGCCCGACCUUGACGCCAUUGAUGCGGCGAGUCCCUCUGACGGAGGAUCACGCCCGGCCCAACUCACCGCUCACGUGUCCCGCAGCCCCUCGACAGUCCGCGCGGCAACGGCAGAUUACGCCGCGCGCCGCGGUAUUGCGCCGUCCACGCUGAUGCACCACUCUGCAUCGCGGAGCAGCACAGGUAUGGCCUCGGCCACGGCAAUGCGGGGCAGCACUGGCAAUCUUGCCGCUCGCUCCGUCCCCUUUCUUCCCAGCUCAAAGUCCAACUCGCAAUCCAGCGGCUCUCUUGCCGACCCUGCUGCCGCUAGUGCCCGUUCAUCAUCCACCGGGAACGUCCACAUCUCGGACUCGAGGCCUUCAUCUACAGAUUCGGUCGACUCGGUCGACUCCCCGGCUGCGACGGAGGGUCGAGCUGAUGCCUCGAGCCAUGAGAUUGCGCGCAAGCAUGGAUUGCAGCCGGCGACUGGUUCUCCGGAGGAUGUGGUCGGCCACCCGGCAGCAGCAGCAGUCAGCACGGCCGAAGACAACUCCGAGGCCCCGACGGCCGCGCUCGACGGUGACUCCCGCUCUCAAGCAACAUCCGGCUCGCUACCGACAGUCUCGUUUGAGACUGGCAGUGAGGAGGACCUGACGUUCCGCGCGACUGGCAGCAUGCCAGAUCUUGACGCCAUCGACGAUGAGGACGACGAUAUUCUCGACAGUCGUGGGUUUACAGGCUCAACCUUGAACGACGACGACCUUGUCGUCGCGAAACCGCGCGCAGAACCCAUCAUCGCUGCUCCCGUGCCACAGCCAGAGCCAGAGCCAGAGCCAAUGACAGAUUUCAGCGCCGAAAUUGGGUUUGAUAUCGAGACUGGGUUGGGAGUCGAAACAUCGCUUGACGAGCCCGCUCCGUCGACCGUCGAAACGUCCAUUGAUGACGUGGAAGAGCCGCACCAUCAUCACCAUCAUCAUCAUCAUCACGACGCGCAUGUCAACACUUCGCAUCUGGCGGUGGAAGUCCCCGUCGUGAACGUUGACGGAAGCGGCGAUGCCGACACGACUCCCCACGCCUCGCCUUCAAAGAAGCCCCAGGACGUGUCCGAUGCCGCUGUCGAGCCAACACCGCUGGUGCUCGCUUCGCACGAGUCGAGUGACAACGCACAGGACGAUUCAUCCCCGACCACGCCAACCACACCCACUCCGUCGGGCGCUCCUCGGCUGACGGUGACACAGAGUUCCGUCGAUACGCCCGAUGCGGUGGCCGCACCGAGCAAUCGCGACGAGCUCGAUGAGCUCGAAGACGACGACUCGUUCGACGUGGAUUCGCUCGCGUCGACAGGCAUGACCUCGUCGCUGCAUGCGCCAAACCGUCCCAUGUCGAUGAUGUCCACGGCUUCUGCUCCAGCGUUCGACUCUGAGUCCAUUGGCUCGAGCAGUGGUGUUGUCACAAACUCUGAAAGACUCGUGUCUGUUGCUGAGGGCCAGCAGUACUACCGCUCUCUCGCCGCGGCUCGUCACAAGCCCUCCAUUUCCGACACGGAUAACAUUUUCGUGAAGGGCGAGGUCCUCUAUCGCUCGUGCCACCAAAGUGGACGACAGAUCAUCAAGGAUCGCCGCUAUCGCUUGCGCACCUACCCGCGCUGCUUUUUCGGCUCGGAGUUUAUCGACUACCUCAUCACCAUCAAGGAGGUUUGGACGCGCGACGAGGGUGUCACCUUGGCUCAGCAGCUGCUCGAAAACAAGAUUAUCGCACACGUUGUGGACGAGCACGCGUUCAAGGACGAGCUUCUGUUGUACCAAUUCACCGCCGACCGCUUCCACCUCGAAAUGGAAAAGACAGAGAAGCAAGCCGAAAAGGCUGCCAAGAAGGCCGCAACAAGCAAGUCAAGCAGCGCAUCGCGUCGAGCCACCGCGCGCAUGCCAUCCCGCGAUGGCUCUGCAGGCAGCCCUGUCGACGGUCGCAAGCUCAGCAUUUCCAGCAGCGGCAGCGGCGCUGACGGCUCGCAUGGUUCUGCUGGGGCUCCCGAUGUCCCUGACGGCAUUCUCAUGCGCGUGGCCAGCAACAUUACGUCUCACCCGAUGGAUGCAGCGCGGAUUAAAGCUCACGGUGCUCAGCUGCACGAGCGCGUAUCUGCCGACGGUUUGCUGAAGGACCGUCGUGCCCGCCUGAAGGUCCAUCGCACCUGUUUGAUGGGCAGCAAGCUGGUCGAUUGGCUCGUGGCCAACGAGGAAGCCCCCUCGCGUCGUGAUGCUGUUGCCCUCGGGCAGCAGUUUAUUGAUUUUGGCGUUCUCUCCCAUGUAUCUCUCGAGCACGAUUUCGAGGACGGCGAGCAAAUGUUCCAUUUUAUCGCCGAUUCCAAGGAGCACGCUGCAUUGCUCGCCGCAUCGCUCUCGGCUGUGACUGCUUCAUCGCACAGUACCCUUCCCGGCGCUGGUCAGUCGGAAGCGGCGUCCAUGGCCGACGAGGAUUCUGCCGGCGAUGCCACCUCCAUGCACAGCCAGCAUUCUCGGCUCAGUCAGCAGCCGUCCGGCACAUCCGUCCCAGCCGUUCCGCUCGGCGGAGGUCUGCUUUCGGACAUGUCUGCGUUGCUGAAGCUCCCGCUGCAGUCUUCUUCCUCCACUUCGCACACUUCGCAACAUUCGGCUGUUGCAGCCGAGUCGGCACCUCCGCUCAGUCCCUCUUCUGCCUCUGUUGCUGUUGUCGCAGUUCCAGAGCCCGCGCCAGCGAAGGCGAGUGUCGGUGCGGACUCUCCCGUUUUGCGCACCAAAGCCUCCUCUGCAUCCAUCCCGAGCGUCACUUCGCAGCAGCAGCGGCUUGGCGACCGUCUCUUUGGCAAGCUGGUUGAUACGAACGCCCUCGAGUCCCUGGUCAAAGAUCGACGCCUCCGCUUGCGCAACUAUCCGCAAACUCUUGUUGGCUCCGAGUUUGUUGACUGGAUGAUUGCUGCGGGCGAGGCCAGUUCGCGCACUGCCGCUGUUGCCCUCGGUGUCGAACUGACGACUGCUGGAGACUUGCUGUAUGCCAUGGACGGCCCAGCCCAAGACUUCAAGGACGAUAACACGUUCUAUCGAUUCGCGACCGAAGUCAAGCGCCUGUCGCGGCGACAAUCGGACAAUGCUCAGCAGACCUCGGAGACUCCCGACCCCUUGCCAUCCCCAGUCUCCCAAAAUGCUCCGUCCGUGCCUCUCUCGCCGGUUGAAGUCUCACCGCCCGCUCAGGAAACCAGCCCUGUCGCGCAGUCGGAAGAGUCUGCGAGCGUUGCGAGCGUUGCGGGUGUUGCUGCUGCGACCAGCGUAGUUGUUGCCGAGUCCGCUCCGGAAGCUCCCAUUCGCGAGUACGACCCGCACAGGCCGCUGGUGACCGCGAUUGAUGGAUGGGUUGAGGAAGCACGCCACGUCAUUCGCAAGGAGGAAGUUGGCAAGCUCGCCUUCGACAUUGAGCUCGAGCAUGUGGACGACGGCGCCCACUACUACCGCACACACUUUUACGGCCGCGGGCACUGGAAUUACUAUGCAGAAGAUGAAACGCUGGGCCCAGCUCUUCUUUCGCUUCGUCGUGAGAAGGACAAGGAGCGCAACGAGGACAUUUAUCGUGUUAUUCUGCGUACCCUUGACCUUGACAUUCGGCGAGCCGUCACGGCCGAGGAGCUGACCAGCGGCUCUGGCAAGAGUGGCAAAAUCUCUCCUUCGUCCAUUGUCCGACAGGUGGCACCCGACUUUAAGGGCUACAAAAAGUUCCAUCCUGUUCUCUACCCGGACGCCAUGGACGUCAUUCUGCGCUUUGACGAGCACAAGAUUGUUCGUCACUUCAAGUUUGGCAUUGUUUACGUGAAGGACGGGCAGACCAAGGAGGAAGAAAUGUUUGGCAACGAGCACGGCUCCCCAGUCUUUGACGAUUUCCUCACCAUGAUUGGCGACAAGGUUCGGCUAAAGGGCUGGACCAAGUACAAGGCGGGCCUCGAUGUCAAGCAAGAUCAGUGCGGCACCCAUUCGGUCUACACCACCUGGAACCACCGUGAAAUCAUGUUCCACGUUUCUACGCUUUUGCCGUACUUUUCCAACGACCCUCAGCAAGUGCAGCGCAAGCGACACAUUGGCAAUGACAUUGUGAGCAUCAUUUUUGUCGAGGGAGAGACUCCUUUCGUUCCGGAUUGCAUCCGAUCGCACUUUUUGCACGUUUUCAUUGUCAUUCAAGUGGAAAAUGCAAACACCCAUGCGAUGCGCUAUCGCGUCACGGUCAUCUCCCGCAAGGACGUUCCCGGGUUUGGCCCCCGGCUGAUUGAGGCGUAUGUCUUCCAGAAGGGCCCCGAGUUGCGAGAAUUCCUGUUGGCCAAGUUGAUCAACGCCGAGAAUGCCGCCUUGUCUUCGCCCGGCUUUCAAAAUCUGGCGCGCCGCACGCGACACGGCUUGCUCAAGGACACGAUUGACACGUUUGGCAAAUUCAACGACGCAUCCCCAUCGGUGUCGGCGUCCGUUGCCAAGAAGAUGAAAUCGAUGGGCGUGCUUUUCGAGGAGAUGCAAGGCGUUUUUGCCGAGCGCAAGAGCAACCGCGCCGCUGGCCGUUCGGUUCUUGAAACUGGCCGCGCUGCCGCCCAUGUUCCAACUGGCAACGACAGCGCCGAGAUGGCGCGCUCCGCCGAGAACCUGUCCACCAGCCCGGAGACUGCGCGUCGCACCGGCUCUGCUACAUCGAGUACGACGACGUCCAAUUCUGAUCUCGCCGUGCCAUCGGAUUCGAAGAGCCCUUCGCUCUCGCCAAAGCCGCGCCGCCGGUCGCUUACCGGCACCGCUGCAUCCAUGGCUUCGAUGCCCAGCGCUGGCUCGGGAGGAUUGUCUCCAGUGUCCGCGUCAAUGUCGUCGAUGCCUGCUGUUAGCGGCGACUUUUCGUUCCCGGCCAAGGACGACGACAAGAAAAAGAAGGGCAUGUUGCGGAAUAUCAAGUCUGUCGCUUCAGUUCUCCGCACGGCAAGUCGAGGCAAGGCGGACGACGUUAGCCAGGCCGCCGCCCGAGCGCGCAGCAGUCGCUCGCAAACACCGGUUGGUGAAGCCGCGUCGCCCAAGUCCCCGACGUCGCCAGCCCCCGUCCCGUCCCAACCCAACAAGCAGGGUCUGCCAUCUGCCUCCUCGGAAGAGAAGGUCGACUUGUUGCUGCCUCGCGAGGUCUCGUUCAGCCGCUUGAGCCUUGAGCAGCAAAUGCACUUGCUCGAAGAUGCCCCCGAAACGAGCCUCAAUGAUGAUCCGGAACCACUCGACGAUGCAUCAGCGCCAACAACAACAGACGAAGCAACAGCAGCAGCAGCAGCAGAUGUAGCCGCAACAACAACAACAACAACAGCCACAUCGACGACUUCCUCAAGCCUCGCACCCGCACAGGUCAAGUCUGGGCGUCGGCUCUCCGGAACGCGACUUGACGAGAACGGCGUGGUCCAGCCACUCACCAUCAACACGGCGCCUCCACCCUCCCAGGCAGAACGCGGCGCCAACCGACGCCUUCAGUCCACCAAUUCGUACGCGGAGGCGCUUUCCGAAACUCCCGCACCGCUCGCACACGAGUCUACCAUCGCCGAAAGCGAAGAAGAUUCCAGCGAACCCAAUUCGACUCGUUCGUCGCUCACGGCGACCAAGUCUCCCGGUUACGACGGUGAAGGUUCGAGCUCUGCACCUGGCUCUGCUCGCCUGCACUCGCCCAUGAAGCCAAUGCAGGCGCGUAGCGCACGCGAGGAGGCCUCAACCGAUCUGUUCGACAUGCUGCGCGAACUGGACGCAAUGAGCACUGGCCCUCAUCCAGGUCGCGGCAGCCCCUCCCGCCCAUCAGCGUCGCGCUCUCGAUCGGAUUCGGCGUCCUCGACUUCCGAGAAAAUGUCAGCGGUGCUGCAGCGCACCUUGAGCAAAACCAAGGAGCGGGUCAUCAAUUCGACCAAGAUGCGCCGUGGCGCAUCGAUGGAUGCGGGUCCGACAGGCAGCGAGAGCGGCAGCCCCAAUUCCAGCCACACCUCUCUCCCCAGCGCAUCAGGCCCAUCCUCGCCCUCCAUUCAUCCCGAGGGCGGCACCUCCUCAGACGCUUAAACGUGCACUGUUGCUGCCCGCUGCUUCACGCUUUCUUCGUCGCCUACUUUUGCUUUUCACUGUCACUGGAUUUCCUCUCACGACGCAAAAUCCCGUCGCAGCCAUUGGUCGUUUGUUUCUUCUUCUUCUUCUUCUUCGCAACGCUGGGCUCGCUGCGACCACACAACAACUUCAACAACACUAACACGCUAUUUACUCGGCAAGCGCUCCGUGGAGGCGGCGCCCUCCGCAUUGCCCUUUCAUGAAAUAUAUCUGCAUGUGUCUUUGUGAUCUGUUUCUCUCUUUUUUGUUUCUGGUCUUGUAUGUUUCUGAGUGAGGGUUUUUCGUUCUUUGUGUGUUGAUUCAUCCUGUGUACUUUUCCUGUGCUAGUCACCCCCCCCCCCCAUCUCUCCCUCUCUCCCUCUUGCUUUCUGCUUUUUCUGUUGCUCGUCGUCGUAUUGUGUUUUGACUGUCACAUUCUUCCCUUUGUAGUAUGUUCCUACAGUAGAGAAAUCUCUAACGAAA